GGCCAUUGGCAAGCCUGCGAACGCGUGCGAACCGGCGGCGCAGCGCUCGCUGCCAAAAAGGGGCAGCGGAGAGUGAUGCGAAAAUUGUCAAAUACCUGGUGCGCGGCGGUGGUGCGGUCCCGGUGAGCCUGUGUUAGCGUGGUGCGACGAGUAGCGUGCAGCUGUGCGAGAAGCCGCGCGAUGUCGAGCACCCUGGAGAACAAAAUUUUGGACCUGCAGCAGCGUCUGCGGGCGGAGAACGAGUCGCGAGACAGAGACAAACAGGGCGGUGAGGUUGGUCCGACCGCGGGCUUGCAAUCGUCGUCGUCGUCGUCGUCGACGGGCCCCGCGUCUAGUCCUGCGGUCCGAAGACCCCGACAACUUGGAGACAUGGGUACUCCAACACGGCCAAGAAGACAGCUAGAUCUGCCAGUAUCGCAGAUGGUACCGCCAAAGAAACAUGACAUUGAGUUCGAGUCGAAACUGCAAGAGAUCAUGAAGAUGAAUGGCAUCUUGAAUAUCAAUGGUCAAAGGUACCAAACAGAAAUGAAGGAUUUGGAGCACUUAGGCGAGCUUGGCAAUGGCACAUGCGGCCACGUCGUCAAAAUGAGGCACAAACCGAGCGGUGUGGUGAUUGCUGUGAAGCAGAUGCGACGUUCCGGCAAUGCGGAAGAAAACAAGAGGAUAAUCAUGGACCUUGAUGUUGUGCUCAAGUCACAUGAUUGUCCAUAUAUUGUACAGUGUCUUGGUUGUUUCAUCACGGAGUCCGACGUGUGGAUCUGCAUGGAACUGAUGGCGACAUGCCUGGACAAGUUGCUAAAGCGCAGCAGGCAGGCGAUACCGGAGGAUUUUUUAGGCAAAGUUACAGUAGCAACAGUAAAGGCGUUGUCGUACCUGAAAGAGAAGCAUGGUGUAAUCCAUAGGGAUGUGAAGCCUAGUAAUAUAUUGCUGGAUGAAUCGGGCGGAGUAAAGCUUUGCGAUUUCGGCAUAUCCGGCAGAUUGGUCGACAGCAAGGCGAAAACAAGAAGCGCGGGCUGCGCGGCGUACAUGGCUCCUGAGAGGAUAGAUCCACCUGAUCCAACCAAGCCAGAUUACGACAUAAGGGCGGAUGUAUGGAGUCUGGGCAUUACUCUGGUGGAACUAGCUACAGGAGUAUUUCCUUACCGAGACUGCAAGACUGACUUUGAGGUACUAAGCAGGGUAGUACAAGACGAUCCUCCGUCUCUACCGCAAGACGCACUCUUCUCCAAGGAAUUCAGAAACUUCGUUACCUGCUGUCUCACGAAGAACUACAAGCAUCGGCCAAAGUACCACAAGCUCAUGGAACAUCCGUUCAUUCGCAAGUACGACGUUCCGCAGGACGGCGAGACGAAUUCCGCCUCGCCGAACUCCGGUUGCCAAUGGUUUGGCAGGGUCAUGCGACAGUUAGAACCAAGUUUCAGGUUGUCGGGAGGGCAACAGCGGGUCUCGGGUCAUGUGUCCUUGAAGCAGACGGCUCACUUCCGGGCGCAGUCUGACAUACCGGCCUUCUUAAGAAGCAAUAACACCAGUGUGACGGCCAAAGAGCCGUCGUCGGACUCUGGCGGUAUUCUGCCGUUCCACCAGCGUUCCAACAGCGAAAACGGCGCCGCCAACUAUGUGUCUUACAGUCCGUACGCGUUGCGUCGCAAGGAGCUCGCUCGGCCGUUCUCGCCGCCGACGACCAAGGACGACGCGGUCGCAGACUCGGAAGGACAGCCACCGCGACCGUUCUCGCCCUACCGGCAACUGGAACAGUCUACUCGGGAUUAUUCCGGCAAUCGUUGCUCGACGAAUGGUCAAAAUAGACAGGAGACGGCGAGACCGUUUUCCCCAUAUAGACAGCAGGACACCAAUUUAAUGGACGGAAAUGGCCGAUCCUACUCCCCCUAUCGCAGUCGCUACGACGAGCGUGACACGAGCAAGGAUCGAUGGCAGGGUAUGUCGAGAUCAUUGAGUCCCUUCGCCAGGGAUUACUCUCCCUGGCGGCGAGAGAACGUUGAUCCACCUGGCGUGAUCCAACCGCCAGCACCAUCGUGCGAAAGCGGCCGUUAUUCACCGUUUCUGCAGCAACGACUGGCGCAACCGCCGCCACCCGCACCUCAAACUCAUCCUCUGCAGACGCAGGACAUCUACGGUAGCCCGAUGAUCAGCCGCAAGAGGUUUCCUUCGGAGCCGCCUCCACAGGGAUCCCACGGCUCCACUAGUCCGCAAUUGCUGAUCUCCCGCUUCGCGCAUCAACUCAAGCAAGAGUCUCCGCCGUCGUCAGCGACGAUGCCGCCUCAGCAACAGGGUACCGGCUCCAAGGAGUCUGCGAAGAAGCGCUUCGCGUCUUACGUACGUCUCAGGCUCGGCAGUGAACGCGCUCCUUCGCCGGAGCCACCGCCGAGAUUGAGCCGCGGCGAGUCGCCGCUCGCCCUUAGAAGGAAUUUAGUAGAACAAGCGUCUCCUUCCUGUCCGCGAAGCCGCCACCCAGGAGACUGUCGGAGAGCAAUUCCGUGCCCGGUAGUCCGCAGCACGUGCGAGCCCGUCUGCGCUACACUCCCGAACCUCAGAGGAGACCUCCGCCGCCAUAACCCACCGCUACCGUUAAGCCUUAUUCCUUGUUGUUGGUGCCAUACGCGACACGGUACGCCCGUGGUGCGAUCGCGUGCAUCACGUAGUAGCGAGGUACGUCGUAUUCGGCGACGACGGUUGCGCACAGAGCGAGUCGCGCGUAUACGGUACACACGCACACACGUAUACGGUGUUCUCAAAGACAACGCUGUAAACCAAAAAAGAAAGAAAUGAAAUAUGGAGAAGCAUGUUCUUUAAUACUCGAGUUGCCGCGAGUUGCGGUUUGUAUGCGUCGAAGGCUGUACGAGAGGUCGAUUUAGCGUGCGAAACGGUUGAAGUCGCGAAAGAGCGGUUUGAUUUUUCUAGGUAUAAUAGCUGAACGUAAAAGAGAAAAAAGAAACAUAUAAAACUCGUAUCGAGAUGUCUGACAGCUAGGUGUCAGUAAAUAUUUCGGGUUUGACAAAUAUUUUUCUGGAUCUCUUAUCAAUGUCUAAAGUAGGAAGGAGCGAGAGAGAGAGAGAGAGAAAGAGAGGAGAGAGAGAGAGAGAGUGGGGGAAACGCUUCUCAAGUUUUAAAAUGCGCUUCACACGCUAAACUCGCUUUCUGCACGGUCGUAACCUUUUAGCGAGGCCUGCAUUUCGCACAAGCGAGAGUCGUUCGCGCUGCGACGGAACCGCGCGCGAACGGUCUUCGCGACGUUUGCACAUGGCUUUCUAAAUCGCUGCCGCGCGAAACGCGAAUCGAAUUACCUUCGUCAAUGAUCCUCUUCUCGACGUGUAUUUAUAAUAGGACGCAAAAGGGAAACACGAUGCUCAACUUUUUAUAUCGCUUGCGUGUGAAGGAGCGUAGAGUGACGACGAUGACGACGACGAGGAUGACGAUGACGAUAACGACGACGGGGGAAUAAUAAGAUGCAUCGCGACUUUUUUUCUAAAAACAAAAACAGAAAAGAUAUACGUUAACACAUGUAUACACAGAUACACACAAACACCAGCGAGAUAUGGCGUCAUGCCGAAAACGCGUAAACCGUUCCUAUCGCUCUUCGUUUACGCUUCUUCCUCUCGAUCUUGAGAAUCUUGUCGUGCUAAAGAGAAAAAGACAGAAAGGAGAGAGAGAGAGAGAGGAAGAGAGAGACAGAGAGUAAGUGAGCGAAUGAGAGGAAAAUAAACUGAACAUUACAAUGAAACUCGCUCUCUUCUCUCCGACGGCCGUGCGGUAUCUUCGCGACUCGAAUUACAGCGACUCUCAGCGACUUUUCCACGUUUUAUUAUUAAUAUUAUUACUACGACUAUUAUAUGUUAUUUAUAUAUGAGAUAAUACCAAACGCGCGCGCGAGCGAGUAAACCGUACGUUCACGGUCACACAAAUCGAGAUCGUAUCGAGCGCGAAAUCGUACCGAAAGGGAUACAUUAUCGUCCACAUUCGACUUCUCUGUAAUGAGAUAAAGCAAAACAAAGGCACAAUAAUGUCGCAGUGGCACGCCUUACUCGUAGAAUUUUACUACGAAUUCACGAAUGUAUAUUACCUACUCAGUCGGCAGGGCGUGCGAAAGGCGUCACAUGGUUAGGAUGUUGUAAUUAAUUAUUUUUAAUUAACAUUUAAUCCCAAACUACGUUCAAGUCUACACUCGUAAUCACCUUUGUCGCUUAUUUGACAAAAGGAUCUGUUGCAAUGUAAAUAAACUUAUAUUUAUACGAG